AGGGGGGUUGGACUGAUCCCUUCCAGCCCUGGCUAUUCCGCGGUUCUGGAAUGAAGUGCUCCAGCGGUUGUAGAGCUCUUUCACCCUGUGUAUUCCUGCCAUAAGUAAUUAUGGAGACUUUGCAAAGGAUUGUCAGUACUCUCAUGAACAAAAAUGAUGAAAUCCACAACUUCAUUGACAUGCUGAACCAUACAAUAUCAAAUGUUCAGGUAAACUCUUCUAAUGCCAUCAGCGAGCUGGAUGAGGAGUUUGAUGGUCUGUAUUCUGUACUGCAUGAGAUGAAGGGGAGCAUGGCCAACACUAUUCAGCAAGAAGAGGCUCGUAAAAUUCAAGCUUUGCAGGAUCAGCUGAGCCAGUGCAGCCAUGCCCUGGAGAGCUCAGAAGAGCUGCUGGAACUUGCUGUGCAGUCACUGGACAUAAAGAACCCUGUGGAGCUCUUAGAGGCUGCCAGACAGAUCAAAGAUAGUGUCACAGUGGCUUCAGCAUUCCGCCUCUCUCUGAAACCAAAAGUCAGUGACAGUAUGACUCAUAUGAUGGUGGACUUUGCCCUGGAAAAGCGCAUGCUCCAAGCUGUGAAGUUUUUGCCAGUCCCUAAAGCUCCAGAGAUAGAUGUAGCUGCGUGUCUGGUUGCUGAUAAUUGCAUAACAAUUUCCUGGAGAAUGCCUGAGGAGGACAGCAGAAUUGAUCAUUUUGUGCUGGAGUACAGGAAAACCAACUUUGAUGGGCUCCCUCGACUAAAAGGGGAACAGCACUGGGAGCUGGUUGACUACAUUAAAGCUACUCAAUACACAUUAUCAGGUCUGAAAUUUGAUACAAAAUACAUGAAUCUUAGAGUACAGGCUUGCAACAAAGCUGUGGCAGGUGACUACUCCGACCCUGUGACUCUGGAAACCAAAGCGUUUGUGUUCAGUUUGGACAGUAGUUCAUCUCACCUGAACUUGAAAGUUGAAGACACCUAUGUUGAAUGGGAUCCUACUGGAGGCAAAGGCCAGGAAAAAAUAAAAGGGAAGGAAAAUAAAAACAGUGGCCAGAAUCCUCUGCUGAAGAGCAAUAGAAGAAGCAACGCAGCGUCUCCGAAGAGAUCCACUAACAGCCCAAGGGCCUCAGCGAGGGGUGGCCGGGAUCGCUUUGCUGGGGAAUCCUACACAGUGCUUGGAGACACUGCUGUUGAGAGUGGACAGCAUUACUGGGAAGUGAGAGCCCAGAAGGACUGCAAAUCCUACAGUGUGGGAGUAACAUACAGAAACCCGGGGAAGUUUGACCAGCUGGGAAAGACUAAUUCCAGCUGGUGCAUCCAUAUCAACAACUGGCUGCAAACCACAUUCUCAGCAAAGCAUAACAAUAAAGCUAAGACUCUAGAUAUACCUGUCCCAGACAGAAUUGGAGUAUACUGCGACUUUGAUGGAGGUCAGCUCUCAUUUUAUAAUGCGAGCUCGAAGGCAUUGUUACACACCUUCAGAACAAAGUUUACUCAGCCGUUGCUACCAGGCUUCAUGAUCUGGUGUGGUGGGCUGACAGUGAGUACUGGAUUGCAGGUGCCGAGUGCCGUGAAAACUCUUCAGAAGAGUGAAAAUGGAUUGGGGGGUUCAACAAGCAGUCUAAAUAAUAUUGCCUAGUAAUGUCUGUUCAACAAGUCUGCUGCUGAAUGUCUUUGUUUUUCUGUGUAGCUACUACUCACAGAAGCUUGUGAGCAUUGGAUUUUACUGGGUUUGCUGCCUUCUGCUGUUUAGGGCCUGUGCAAAGAAAGUGCAAAGGUUUUGGGGUAAGUGUUAGGAAGCAGUACUGGGAAUCUAGAAAAAUGUCAGAAAGCUGAACUGUUGCCUAUCUAAAAAAAAAAUACACAAAAAACCCCCAAGAGCUAUAACUGUGUACUUUUCUAAUACUGUAUUCAAUUCAAGCAUUUUGUUACAGACUUCAAUAUUAGUUUUGGUACAAAUACUAUUCUUCUAUGAAGAAUAUAGCAAAUACCAUUUUUUAGCUCUCCUAAUGCGAAUUACUUAACAAUGUGUUUAAUUAUUACUAGGCUUGCCAUUAGAAGUUGAAAUUUCUGAGAUGCAUUUUGAAAACAGACAGAUUAGCUGUCCCAGCCUAGCAAAAUACUACAACAUGGUUUCAGAAGGAUAUGAUAAGAAUGUGUAGGCCUGGUAUGAAGAAACAGCAAGAUCAGGCUGUUAUUAUUUCCCCCAGUGAUAAAAAUCUUCGCUUUUCCACGGAUAACUCUUUCUUAAAACCUUGUAUAUUGAUAUUGGCUCCCAUUUGUCACCAUUACUUAAUUGCAUUCUGAUUACAUUAGAAAAUUAUGUAUAGAUGUUCCACUGGCUUGACUCCUAUUUGCAAGCCUAGUAAAACAGUAGUCAAACGAUUCAUAAUAAUGGGAGAGCUAAAAAAAGAAAAAAGAUCAUGUUAUAUUCUUCUUGGAAAAUCCCAGCUUGUCAGUGGGAAUUACUAGGUUAUUAUAGGCUUUUUUAAUCUGCUUUCUUCCCUUUAAUCAAGCCGAGGAGCCUAUAAAUAGUUUUCAGGUACACUCUUGAAUCAGGUGUUUCCUAACUGAAGAUUAUUUUCUGGUAUCACCUGAAAGCUGUUAUAAAGUCAUGGUCCAUAAUGAUUUGGCUCAUUUGCUGCUGGGCCGCUACAAUUUUUCCUUCUGUAUAUUCUUUAGCCCAUAAAACCAUGAACAUGUAAUCAUGUUAAACCUCAGUAUUACCAAUGGCUCCUUUCUGUCCAUCACAAUUUCUCAAGAGAAGGAGAAAUUCCUUGAGACACCUUCUAAUAAACUGGCUAUGAUGUUCAGUGAGAAGUUAAAAUUAAGAAGGAAAUGUAAUUACCUGUUCUGGAAAGUGUUAUUUUUCUUGAGGAAUCAUGAAGUUGACAGGUUGGCUGAGCCCUAAAUGUUUAUUUUGCAUCUGGAACUUGAGCAUCUCUUAAUUAUUUGCAUUGUGAACUUGUAAUCUCUUUUUGCAGAGGAAAGUACUAAAUAGUUCCCAGUUUAA